UAAAGAAACACUUCUUUUGCCUUUCAGGUUAUCAAAACCAAACAAUUCUCAAACUUUAUGAAUUCAAAACUCCUCUUAAUUUUCUUCUUCCUGUUUCUCUUAAUUUUAUGGGCAGUAUGGAAGAUGUUCAAAACCAGUAGCAAUGGGAAACUUCUGAACCUUCCUCCGGGACCGCCGAAGUUUCCGAUCAUCGGAAACUUACCCCAGUUAAACGGUGCUCUUCCCCAUCACAAACUUAGAGAUUUAGCAAAGAAAUAUGGACCCGUCAUGCAGUUAAAAAUCGGGGAAGUUCCGACGGUCAUAGUUUCUUCGCCGGAAACUGCGAAACAAGUGCUACAAACACAUGAUGCCAUUUUUGCUUAUAGGCCCACACUCAUGGUUGCAGAUAUCAUGUUUUAUAAGGCGGCAGAUAUUAUUUUUGCUCCCUGUGGUGACUACUGGAAGCAACUGCGUAAAAUCUGUAUGUUAGAGCUCUUUAACUCGAAACGAGUCGAAUUGUUCCGGCCAAUUAGGGAAGAAGAGGUUGCAAAUCUCAUCAAAUCGAUUUCUUGUAGCGCAAGGUCUCCGAUCAACCUCAGCAAAAUGGUACGUUCAUUACCGAGUACUAUCACUGCAAGAGCUGCCUUUGGCAGCAAAUGUCUGCUAUACCAAGAAGAAUUCAUACAAAUAACUAAGGAAAUUUUAGAUAUAAUGGCAGGCUUUGGUCUUGCCGACUUGUUCCCCUCUAUAAAAUUACUCUCUACAAUUACCGGAGUUCGGUACAGGCUUAAGAAACUGCACAAACGAGUUGAUUUCGUGCUUGAGAAGAUAAUCGACGGACACAGAAUCUCCAGAGACGAAUCGAACAUUAGCAUAGAGGAUGAAGACAUAGUCCAUGUUUUCUUGAAACUUCAAGAGCAAGGGAACCUUGAAUUUCCUUUAACAACCGACAGUAUCAAAGCGGUUAUACUGGACAUUUUCGUCGGAGGGACUGAUACAUCGGCUGCGCUUACGGAAUGGGCCAUGUCAGAAUUAAUGAAAAAUCCGAAAGCGAUGCGCAAAGCACAAGCAGAGGUUAGGCAAAUCUUUGACAGGAAAACAAGUGGUGAUGAGACAAUUAAUGAAGAACUAAAGUAUUUGAAAUUACUUAUCAAAGAAACAUUAAGAUUACACCCUCCCGCACCAUUCCUAGUUCUUAGAGAAGCUCGCAAGCAGUGCCAACUCAACGGAUACGAUAUUCCAGCCAAGACUAGAGUUAUUGUGAACGCAUUUGCGCUUGGAAGCGAUCCUAAUUACUGGUUUGAACCUGAAAAGUUUAUUCCAGAGAGAUUUAUCGACAAUCCAAUCGACUACAAGGGAGGCAAUUUCGAGUUUUUGCCAUUUGGUUCCGGGAGGAGGAUAUGUCCGGGUUCUUUAUUUGGCAUGGCGAAUGUGGAACUUGCACUAGCACACUUACUGUACCAAUUUGACUGGGAACUCCCCGAUAGUAAGACGAAAGAAGAUCUAGACAUGGCCGAAGACUUCGGCACAGUAACUAGACGAAAGAACGAUUUAUACCUAAUUCCGAUCCCAUACCGUCAGCUUCCUUCUGAUCAUGGGAGUCCAAACUAGUUUGAUAUAAGCCAGAACAUGCCAUUAUUAAUAACUCCGGCUAUUUCAUAAGUGAUGAACUUAUGUGCAAUAUGUAAACUGUCAUGCAUGAGAGUUUCAUUUGUCUAUUAUUUGUUUUUGCCAAAAUUUGCCUAUAUAUGGCUACCUACUUUUCUGGUUCCCAUUUGUCUUUGGGUCCAUCUUCGUUGUCUGCAUUCCAACUUAGUUCCAAUUAAUCUAUUCUUUUAAUAAUAGAUGACC